AUGCGAAGUUUAUGGUUGUUUACAUUUUUAUAUUCACGUACCUACAAAUACUAUUAUUUUAUUUUUAAUGUUUCAUUGUAUUCAGAAUUUUGAUAAGAAUGUCGACGUCUCCUGGCGCGGUGUAAGUUUAAGAAUGUACGACAGCACUUGUGGUGCCGCUGCCAGCGGGCAAUGCGGCAAAGCGCAGCCCGACGGGGACGCGGCGCCUCCUAGAGAGCCUCCACAGGCGCCUCUGGAGCAAGAUUAUAGCGGGUUCGAUAUCGUCAAGGCAACACAGUAUGGGGCAUUCUUGCGAGUCAAGGAACUCAUCGAAGCUGGAUGGGACGUCAACCAGCCGGAUCGCGAAACGGUGACACUUCUUCACUGGGCUGCUAUCAACAAUCGGCGGGAGAUCAUUCAGUAUCUGUUGGCAAAAGGCGCUCGGGUUGAUGCCGUCGGCGGUGAACUUCAGUCCACGCCUCUGCAUUGGGCGACGCGGCAGGGUCACUUGGAGGCCACGGUAUUACUGAUACGCGCGGGUGCCGAUCCGUCGCUGCGUGACGCCGAGGGCUGUGCGUGUCUCCACUUGGCGGCGCAGUUCGGGCACACGGCCGUGGUGGCGUACCUGGUGGCGCGCGGCGUGUCGCCGGACGAGGCGGACGCGGGCGGCAUGACGCCGCUCAUGUGGUCGUGCUGGAAGGUGUCGGCCGUGGACCCCACACGGCUGUUGCUCACACUCGGCGCAUCCACACACCCCACCGACUGCUCGCAUGGCAACACUGCUCUGCACUGGGCCAUACUUGCUAGGAAUACUACUGCCAUAUCUACACUUAUACUGUAUGGCGAUGCUAGCCUCGAUGUACCCAACCUGCGUGGGGUGUCGCCUCUCAUGAUGCUGCAGAGCAGUGCCGACUCACUCUGGGUCGGAGCCAAGGUCUCUGACAAAAUCAAGGAGCACACGCUGGCUUCAACCAAGAGACAUUUCCUCAGAAGGUUAACAUAUGAUAAGAAAUUCCGGUGGUGGUGUGUGGUGGUGAUGCCGUUCAUGGCGUUCUACCUGACGGGGCUGGUGCUGGAGAUGGAGGCGCUGUACGUCGUGAAGGCGUUCCUGCUGGUCUGCUUCUAUGCGUUGCUGCACUUCAUUUCAAACAUACUCUUUGACGACGAGCUCAAAAACAUUUUUCCUCUUAGUGUCUAUCUGGCAACUAAGGCGUGGUUCUACAUCACCUGGGUGGUGUUCAUCUGGGGCGCCGUGGGCUGGGCGCCGUCGCUGCUGUUCGUGCUGAGCUCGGGCGCGCUGUGGUUCACGUUCCUGCGCUCGUGGCGCUCCGACCCCGGCGUCAUCACCGCCUCCAAGCAGGACAAGUUCAAGACGAUCGUGGCGCUGUCGGAGGGCGGCGGCGGCUUCGAGCCGGCGCGGUUCUGCUCCGCGUGUCUGCUGCGGCGGCCGCUGCGCUCCAAGCACUGCUCCGUCUGCAACCGCUGCGUCGCCAAGUUCGACCACCACUGCCCCUGGGUCGCCAACUGCAUCGGCGCCAAGAACCACCAGUACUUCAUCGGGUUCCUGGCGUCGCUGGUGGUGAUGUGCGUGUGGAUGCUGUGGGGCGGCGCGGCGGCGCUGACGCAACGCUGCGCACGCGACGACGAGGCCGCGCUGCUGGAGCGCGCGCUGGCGGCGGCCGGCUGCGACGCCUGGCUGGUCUGGGUCAUGCUCAACGCCGCCUUCCAUCUCUUCUGGGUCUCCGUGCUGCUGUGCUGCCAGCUCUAUCUGGUGGUGUGCCUGGGCAUGACGACCAACGAGCAGCUGAACCGCGGCCGCUACCGGCACUUCCAGUCGCGCGGCGGCCGCUCGCCCUUCUCCCGCGGGCCGCUGCUCAACGCCGCCGACUUCUUCCAGUGCGGGCUCUGCGGCCUGCUGCCGCGCCGCACGCGGGACUGGGCCGCGGCCGACGACUGCGACCCCAUGCUGCCCGACCACCACGUGUAGGCUGCUGCCGCGCCGGCAGUGAGGCUGGGCCGCGGCCGACGACUGCGACCCCAUGCUGCCCGACCACCACGUGUAGGCUGCUGCCGCGCCGGCAGUGAGGCUGGGCCGCGGCCGACGACUGCGACCCCAUGCUGCCCGACCACCACGUGUAGGCUGCUGCCGCGCCGGCAGUGAGGCUGGGCCGCGGCCGACGACUGCGACCCCAUGCUGCCCGACCACCACGUGUAGGCUGCUGCCGCGCCGGCAGUGAGGCUGGGCCGCGGCCGACGACUGCGACCCCAUGCUGCCCGACCACCACGUGUAGGCUGCUGCCGCGCCGGCAGUGAGGCUGGGCCGCGGCCGACGACUGCGACCCCAUGCUGCCCGACCACCACGUGUAGGCUGCUGCCGCGCCGGCAGUGAGGCUGGGCCGCGGCCGACGACUGCGACCCCAUGCUGCCCGACCACCACGUGUAGGCUGCUGCCGCGCCGGCAGUGAGGCUGGGCCGCGGCCGACGACUGCGACCCCAUGCUGCCCGACCACCACGUGUAGGCUGCUGCCGCGCCGGCAGUGAGGCUGGGCCGCGGCCGACGACUGCGACCCCAUGCUGCCCGACCACCACGUGUAGGCUGCUGCCGCGCCGGCAGUGAGGCUGGGCCGCGGCCGACGACUGCGACCCCAUGCUGCCCGACCACCACGUGUAGGCUGCUGCCGCGCCGGCAGUGAGGCUGGGCCGCGGCACGUGGAGGCCGCCUCGCACCAAAUAUGUGUAUAUUUUGUAAAUCGGAGUGUGUGAGACGUGCGGCGGAGUGGCGCUUGCCCGAUCGUUAGCUUCGUUGUGAUGUUGACGUUAAUGAUAUUUUGUAUUGCCGGCGAAAGGACCGCAUUGCACUUCGAGCAGAAGAGCAAACACUUCUAUUUAGUGCAAACACUUCUAUUUUCAUAUAAGUCGCGGGCGACGCAGCACCGCCUCCCGCCUUUCAUGUAAAUACGCUUAUUCAAACUUGUCCUUACCUAAAGUAUUAUAUUUAUAGUGGAUUUUAUCUGUUUGAUUUCUACUCUGAUUCAGAGAAGGACUUAGUAUAUGAUCAAUAAAAGUGUAUGUAAAAACUAUUACGAACAAAUAUUUAAUUCUAAAUCAGCAGAUAUAGUGAAUAUGCUUUUGAAUGAGAGAACAUGAUAUGAUUCGAUGGCGAUCGUUGACGUCGCGUUGUUCACUAGACGAUUAUAAUUAGAAUGUUUAAUUUGCUUUAAAAUUUAUCUGGAAUGGUUGCCUGAUAUUCUGUGUUUUUUACCGUUUGGCCGUAGAUCGUCCUAUGUUUUCUAAAUAAUACUGAAUUUUUCAUCUAGCCAGCUGCGUGUGCCAUAUUUCAUAACGCCUCGCCUACAGCUAGGAGUGACGCGGCUCGCCUCGAAUCAUUCGGAUGGAUAUUGUGAGCUUAACUUGACAUCAUUUUGUUAACUUACUCAGUUAUUAGUCAUACUAAAAGCUAAGUACAUAUUGUGUAACUUACUUCGAUGUACCUAUUAUUACAAAAAUAUUGUAUAGAUAUUAUAUUAUGAAAAGAAACCAAAAUGCAUUUGAUUUAUUAAAUAAAGUACAUAUUUAAAUA